GGGGUUUACUUCUCUUUUUUCUUUUCUUUUUUUUUCCAACCAUCGUUUCGUGUUUUGUUCCCUUUGGUACAACAUUUUGCGCCCUUAAGCCAAGUGGCACGGAGCGCGCUGCGCGCGUCGUCUCGUCGGAGAGUCCUGCAGAAUUAAAAGGGCGGCGUGAGGCCGAGGAGGCCCGAUGGGACCUGAGACGCCCGUGGACGGACGCGGACGCCCCGAAGGGACCAGAUCCCUGACUGAACGCGGGAGACGGGGACCCACGCGUCUCCACCGGGGGCUUCGGCUCUUCUGAUUGGACGUCGGCUUUUGCUUUCUUCCAGAUUCAACCCCUGCUGGUUGUGUGUUUUUUUUUUCUUCUCCCGUGGAUCUUGGACUCGAAGUUCUGCUGCAAAAAAUGAGGCCAUGAUGCUUUAUUGAUGAACUUUUACUUUUCAUCAGAAAAGAUGCCGAGUGGGCGGAUUGUUAACGCAGCCUGCUGAAGCUUCUUGGAUGAUUACAUUUUGCUGCGGUUGAAACACGUGUGGAGCUGCAUCUGUAAUCUCGAGGAGUAACAAGAUAAAGAUUAUCUCCUCAGACACAUUUCCAUGUAAAUGAGAGCCGCAGCAGCAAACAUCUGGAAGGAAUGCGGAAGAUUGGAAUUGUUUACUUGAGUUAAAAUGGAUGGAACUAUAAUAUUUAGAUCAAAAACAACAUUUGAGUCUUUUUAUUCAGUGGUGUUUGCGGGAAGUUUGUCCUAAAAUGGAUUAAUCUGUACGAAAAAAUAAAACAAGCCACCAUCAACAUUUUAAAGGCAAAUAACCUCAUCAUCACCUGGUGGCGUUCAGGUCCCUCUUCUCUGAAAACAUUUUGAUGACAUUUUAUUGGACAAAAACGCAAAUUCUUUUUGAGGGCUCUGCUUUUUUCUACCGGAGCCCAUCGUGAACUCAACCACGUCUCAUUGACGGAAUGUUUCGGAUCUUGAACUGUUCUUAAAUCCCUUUUAUUACCCUGGUUAACUUCGUUUUUUUUAGCAAAUUCUAAGGAUCUUCGGAAAAUUACUUUCUCGAUCGUUUCAACAGGAAAGAAGAAGCCAUUUUGUGGAGUCGAUGCGGCGGCCAUCUUGGAAAAAAGUCGUCGUUCAGCACCGUUUAUGUGAUGGUUUUUGAAGGAUGUUGCUACUUUUAACUCACUUCAAUGCAUCAGCUUUCAAGGGACGCUGCUGAACUGUCGUUGCCAGUGAAGCGAGGGGUUUUCAACCCUUGGAUUACAUUUUAAACUGCAAUAUCUCUUUUUAAUUUUUUUUUUUUAAACACAGAAUGUGACAAAAGUGCCAGUGAACUGUCUUUUUUUGGCGCCCGUCCCACCGCGCCGAAGUCGCCUCGCCCGGGAGCUCUCGUCACCGCCCCCCUUCGUCGCCAUGGUGAUGUCGCAGGGCACCUACACCUUCCUGGCCUGCUUCGCCGGCUUCUGGCUGGUGUGGGCGCUGGUCGUCAUGCUGUGCUGCUUCUGCAGCUUCCUGCAGCGCCGGCUGAAGCGGGGCCACGACGGGCGGCCGAGGGAGCAGUGCCUGCGCACCGUGGAGAUGGAGCCGCUCGGGGGGCACCCGCCUGCUCCCCCACCUCCUCUUCCUCCUCCUCCUCCUGCUCCCGCUGCCCCACCGCCGCCUUUACAGCUGCCCCGCGAGCCGCCGCAGUUCAUCCCGCCUCGAAGCCUGUCGCCGCCGCUGCCUCUGCAGGUCCCCCAUCCGAUGCCACAGGCGAACUGGGUCAGCAUGCCAGACACAGACCUCUUUGGGAAGCCACCCUGCUACGAGGAGGCCGUCCUGAUGGAGGACCCUCCUCCGCCCUACAGCGAGGUCCUGGCCGACCCCCGGGGGGGCACCUACCUGAAGCCGGCCCCGCUGCGACCCGCGGGCCCCCUGCCUCCGCCCCCGAGGGAGCGCCCGGGUCCUGCUCCGGUGUUCACGUCGGACACCAGCAAGCCCCCCGUGGCGGCGGCGUUCCCCGAGCGAGGUUACUCCUCCCUGAUCCGCCUGCCUUCGUCCCAGCGCUGGGACUCCCUGGGACACCUCCUGUCCAACAUGGACCUGAACCACAACAACCUUACCCCGCCGGGGGCGGCCCGCUCCGUCCAGACCGCCACCGCCGCCGCCGCCGUGGCUACAAUGCCCCGCCGAGAGCCCAGGACUCACCACAACGGGCAUGGGCCGAGGGGUGGCAUGCAGGGACUCCAGGGAGGCGUACAAGGACUCCAGGGAGGCGUACAAGGACUCCAGGGAGGCGUACAAGGACUCCAAGGAGGCGUACAGGGACUCCAUGGAGGCGUACAAGGACUCCAUGGAGGCAUACAGGGACUCCAGGGAGGCGUACAAGGACUCCAGGGAGGCAUACAAGGACUCCAGGGAGGCAUACAGGGACUCCAGGGAGGCGUACAAGGACUCCAGGGAGGCAUACAAGGACUCCAGGGAGGCAUUCACGGAUUUCGAGGAGGGACGCAAGGGCUUCAAGGGGGGAUCCAGGGGUUCCAGGCAGGGUUCCAGGGGCUUCAGGGGGUGCACGGCCUAAGGGGACUGGAGCCAAGCUGCGGCCUGCCCACAGCCUUCCCCCUGCUGGGCCGCAGCACCGCUGUCUAGACCUGCGGGUGGGUCCACCUCGGAGGUGGAGGAGAUCUACGAAGGCCGACUUCCUUCCCGUGUUCGCAGGUCUAACACGGCUAGCAGUAGAGAUCCAAUUCCCCCGAAACGAGCUCAGAGGAGGUUUAGAGAGACGUCGACGUGCGGGUGCUUAGGGGCGGCGCUUGCCCCCGCUGGGGUCUCUGCUUUCAACUACGGCGUGCGGUCGGAGGCGAGGAAACAAGGCGCCGCUGUUGUCGGGGUUGCAGUGGCAUCCCCCGUGGCUUCUAGUCGCGGUUUCACCGGGGGGGGAGAGGAGAAAGGUACCAGGAAAGUGGUGAAAAGGGACACAUCUGUUUCUCCACCUUCCAUCCCAGACCCUUCAUUUUCAUCUCCACCCCCCCCCCCCCUCCCAAAACACAUAAUGUCACCCUCCCAUUUGGUCCGUCCCUCUCGUCUAUCGGUGCCUGAGCAACCUAUUGUGCCAGCCUGCUGUUGCCAUGGCUCCCGGGAACUGUCUGUUGCCCACGGCGACCUCUCCUCUUUUCGUGUGCUCCGAUGCUUCGGAGGCUCUGCUCACAGCUCGUCCGCCAGGAGCGUUGAUGGAGGAAGAGGAAGAGGAAGCAACGAGGAAAGGUAGAGUAGAAGAGGCUCCUUCGGAGAACCAGGUGGACUUGGAAUGCUUUUUGUAACAUGCUGCGUUGUGGUUUUUGCGAUUUCUUUACAAACAAAAGAGUUGCCGUUUGUCUGCAUUCGGGAAGCUGUUUGUUUUUUGGCGUUCGCAGGAUGGAAUAAGCUCGGCCAUUUGGGCAUUACACUUUUUUUUUUUUUUAAAUGUACAAAUUUACCAUUGUUCUUUUCAGCUUUGUGACAAAUGCCUUUUCUGUUGUGAAACAAAAACAUCUUCAACAGCUCUAGACGUCUUCAUUCAAGGAACAAAGAACAGACAACAAUGUCCAAAAUACCAUUAAAUAAUGGAUUCUUCUGUAUGGAGCAUUUUUUAUUUGAAAUUAAAGCCAUUAACAACA